UUUUAAAAUUUAGUUCAAAGAUGCUUUGCCUGCAGGUUUGCAGGCAUUCUUGCUUACAUUUUGCUUACAGAACUAUAUCCAAUUCUAACUUUGCGAUUCUUCUUCUUCCUGCAGUAGCAGCUCUUGCGUCAGCUUUUUGAGAUACGUGGCUUGUUUUAGAAGCUCGUGGCAGCAAAAGCCGAUUGCUCCAAUCGUCAACGCGGCUUCCGAAUGCACUAGCUGGAAAUCUCCGUAGAUUUCUUCUGGAGUAUGCUGGGCCUUGCUUCUUUUUUGGCGCAGGGACUGAUAAGUGCACUCGAAAGUUUUUGAGAGGCCAAUUUGGCUUAUCUUUAGUUGGCGAGUGACACCACCAGUGAACAGUUUGCCUUCUGACCGGAAGUCGACUGUUGCGAGGCUCAGGUAACUCACUCUGACUCUCCCAGAGCUUGCUAUAGAUAUUGUCAUGAAACGGUGCGUGCCAGAAGUCAGGCUCUGCUCUUGCUUCGGCUGUAAGUUGUCUCAGACGUUCAACUCCAUCUCUGAUUGUUUGCUUCUUCUUUCUCAGCUCAGGUAUCGUUGCUUUAAAGCACUCACUGCAUUCUAUGCUGUGCACGUCAAAUAUCACCUGCAUGCAUUCCUGGAUUUUCUUCAAGUUAAGCUCGAGUUCCCUGCGUGCAAGUCUCACUGCUCUUCUGGAACAGAUGAGUGCUUCAACAGGCCAAGAACAGGCCAUUGCCAUGCGAAGAACUGCAGAGUCUUGAACAAUUCCGGGUCGCCUUCUUCCGAGGAUUCCUACGUCGAGCUGGUUUCAUGGGAUGGAGAACUGGCUGUGACGGAACGGAAGAAAGCUGUGGCUCAAUCAAGGACGCGGCCUUUGUCAUCUCAUAUCCGGAAGUCUCUAGCUCGAGCAGCUCGAGAACUUCCAGAGGCUACCGUUCCUUACGAAUUCUCCCAGCGGGCGUGUCACGCUCCGGCUAGGGUCUCCGGGAUCGUGGAGCUCCUGAGCUUUACUGUGUAGAAGAGAGCGCUCG